CUAAAAAAUCUCCUUCACAGUCGGUCUUCGAUUCCCGCCACGACUUGGAACACAUGACAGCGCUACUGUUACACAGCUUUUCAAAAACAAAAACAGCAGGCCGAGCUGAACAAAAUAAAUAAAACUAUGGAAAUUUAGCUGGUAUCCAGCAACACCACAACCAAGGGUUUUUGGGGUUUUAUGCGUUGGAACCCUAAGCCCAAACCCUUAUAGUUGGAGCAUUUUCGUUUUCUUUUCUUUUCUGAUGCGCCUAAAUUCGUGAUGGAGGACAUACCGGAAGAAUUUCCGGUAAGCAACAGCCAAAGGGGAGGCGCCGGUACUAUAUUGAGGAUCCGCGUGGAGAAUUUCAUGUGCCAUAGCAGCUUGCAAAUAGAGUUCAGCGAAUGGGUUAAUUUCAUUACCGGCCAGAACGGGAGUGGAAAGAGUGCAAUUUUAACGGCAUUAUGCAUUGCUUUUGGAAUCAAGGCGAAAAGUACUCAGAGGGCAACAUCUUUGAAGGAAUUUAUCAAGAAUGGGUGCAGUUAUGCUCUUGUUGUUGUGGAAUUGAAGAAUGAAGGUGAAGAUGCUUUCAAACAUGAGGUUUAUGGAGAUAAGAUAAUCAUUGAACGCAGAAUACUUGAAUCUUCAAGUACAACUACUUUAAAGAAUUACCAAGGUAAAAGAGUUACCCAAAAGCGGGAUGAACUUCAUGAGCUUGUGGAGCAUUUUAAUAUCGACGUGGAAAAUCCAUGUGUUAUUAUGACUCAAGACAAAAGCCGGGAGUUCCUGCACUCAGGAAAUGAUAAGGAAAAGUUUAAGUUUUUCUUCAAGGCUACGCUAUUACAACAAGUGCAUGAUCUAUUGAAAAAUAUUAGGAAUCAGCUUGAUGCUUCGAGUGCCAUGAUUGAUGAAUUGGAAGCUUCAAUAAGACCUUCUGUCAAAGAAUUAGAAGAACUGGAGGACAAGAUAAAGAGCAUGGAAUAUGUUGAAAAAAUGUCACAACAAGUUCAGCCAUUGAAGAAGAAAUUGGCAUGGUCUUGGGUGUAUGAAAUAGAUAAGCAAAUUCAACAGCAGACUGUUAGGCUUGAAAAGCUUAAAGGUCGCAUACCCACAGUUCAAGCGAGAAUCGAUAAGAAGCAGAUGAAAAUACAAGAGAUGGAGGUGGUUCAACAGGAAAAGAAAGCUACUAUUGCUUCGAUGAUGGAGAAAACAAAACAAUUAAAGAAAUCUCAAGAUGAGCUUCAGCAAAAUCUUUCACAGGCAACCAGAGAUAGAGUUGAGCUUGAGGAGGAAUUAGAUAGGAGGAAAGCUGUUAUUCAAAGGAUGCACGAUCGUGUUCGCUUUCUGCAACAACAGAUAUUUGAUAUUCAAGAACGACACGUUAGGACCACCCAGGCAGAAAAAACUGAAAGAGAAAGGAGGUUCAAAAAGGUCCAGGAAGAAGUGGAUGAAGCAAAUUUAAAGAUUGAAAGGCUACGCAAUGAGGAACAUUUGUUGAAUGGAAGAGUAGCAUCAGCCAUGGAAAAUGUCAAGACUAUUGCUUCAGAGGUUGAAGAGAAUCAAAGCAAGUAUCGGGAUAUCAAAAGACAUAUUGAAACUCUCAGAAGACAGCAAAGCAACAAGGUGACAGCAUUUGGAGGUGAUAGAGUGCUUUCUCUCUUGCGUUCAAUUGAGAAUCGUCAUCGUCAAUUUACCAAACCACCAAUUGGACCAAUUGGAGCGCAUGUGACUCUGGUGAAGGACCAAGAUUGGGCACUAGCAAUUGAGCAUGCUAUUGGGAAAUUGUUAAAUGCUUUUGUUGUUACAAAUCAUAAGGAUGCACUUUUGUUACGUUCCUGUGCUCGGGAUGCAAAUUAUUCUAAUCUUCAAAUCAUCAUAUAUGACUUCAAUAGGCCUUUGUUGAAUAUUCCAGAUAGAAUGCUACCUGAUAAAAGUUUGCAGACUGUCAUGUCUACAAUUCAUACGGAAAUACCAACAAUAGUAAAUGUCUUGGUUGAUCAGGGGAGCAUGGAAAGACAAGUGCUUGUAAGGGACUAUGAAAUGGGCAAGGCAGUGGCAUUUGAAAAUAGGUCCCCAAAUGUUAAGGAAGUAUUCACAAUGGAUGGUUUUAAAAUGUUUUCAAGAGGAUCUGUUCAAACUACACUUCCUCCAGAUCGGAGGAUCCGAUUAGGGCGUCUCUGCGCUGCGAUUGGUGAGAAGAUUGAUGAAUAUGAGAAUGAAGCUUCAAAGAUACCAGAAUUAAUAAGAUUCUCAGAAAACAAAAAAUCCAAAGCUGAAAAAACAUUAAGUGAUGUUAGAGUUGACUUGCAAAGUACAAAGAGGCACCUGCUUGAGCUGGAAAGGUUUGUUACAUCAAAACGGCUCCAUCUACGGGACCUUAAGAGUUCAGCUGAAGUGGAGGCAACUGGAGAUUAUGGUCCAAAUGUAGAUGAACUCGAACAAGAGAUUACAAAAGUACAAUCUGAAAUACAGCAAAAGGAGGACUCCAUUGAGAAGCUCAAGAUAAGAAUGAUUCAAGCUCAAAAGAAAGCAGAUGAUUGUAAACUCUCAUUUGAUACAUUAUGUGAUUCAGCGAGAGUUGACAUAGAGGCUUUUAAAGAAGCUGAACGGGAAUUGCUAUCAGCUGAAGAUACUCUAAGCACAGCAGCUGCAGAAAAGACACAUUAUGAGGGAAUAAUGAGGGAUAAAGUAAUUCCAGAGGCUGCAGAAGCAGAAAAAGAACUCAAAGAUCUUCAAGACAAGCGUGAGGAGAAUUACAAAAAAGCUUCUGUAAUUUGUCCUGAAGCAGAGGUUGAAGCUUUGGGUGGCUGUCAUGAAGACACUCCAGAAAAGCUUAGUGCCCAGUUAAAGAGGCUCACCCAAAGACUUAAUACCGAAAACCAAAGGCACCCUGAAUCAAUUGAUGACUUGAGAAUGAAGUAUGCAAAGCAUGAGCGAAAGAUUAAUAAGAAACGACUAACUUUUGAUUUUUUCCGAAAUAAAUUGAAUGCAUGUUGUGAAGCAUUGGAAUUGCGACAGACCAAGUUUGAAAGAAAUGCAUCUCUAUUGAAACGCCAAUUAACGUGGCAAUUUAAUGGACAUCUAAAAAAGAAAGGAAUCAGUGGGCACAUUAAGGUUAACUACAAUGAAGAGAGAUUAUGUGUAGAGGUUAAGAUGCCUCAAGACAAUUCUAGUAGUGCAGUUAGAGAUACAAGGGGAUUAUCAGGUGGAGAGCGUUCUUUCUCUACGCUUUGCUUUGCUCUUGCUUUACAUGAAAUGACAGAGGCUCCCUUCCGUGCAAUGGAUGAAUUUGAUGUAUUUAUGGAUGCUGUUAGCAGGAAAAUAAGCUUGGAUACUGUUGUUGACUUUGCCAAGGCACAAGGUUCUCAAUGGAUAUUCAUUACACCACAUGACAUAAGCAUGGUAAAAUCAGACUCGAAAGUGAAGAAGCAAGAAAUGCCAGCACCUCGUCGUUGAUUUGUCCAACUCAAUGUAUAAGUUUUCUUGUACUUUGAGCCUGAUGUAUUAUCGUCUUGGAUUUCAAAGCAUAAAAAUAUGAACUCUUGGUUCAUCUAUUUCUGUACAAUAGGCAACAACUUACUUUAAUACAUUUUUGUAUCAUUAUGAAGCUUUCAAAUAAUGCUUUGAAGCCCUUGAUCUGAUGUAUCCUUAGGCAACAACUUACCUUAAUACAUUUUUGUAUCAUUAUGAAGCUUUCAAAUAAUGCUUUGAAGCCCUUGAUCUGAUGUAUCCUGUAAUUCUGAAGCGAGAGAUACUAACCACAACAGCAUAUGCAUGCAUAAAACCUAAUUUAAUUCUUUGAAUGUAAACAUGGUGGAUAGCCUUCCAUAAUCUGUACAGGGGUAUAGUUCAUCCGCAGUGCUUCGCUUUCCCCUUGCAGGGUUUGACAAUUGUCCAACUGUGCUAAGGGUUCUUUUUAGUAAAUUAUUGGUAAUAUUACGUUGCCUUGGAUGCCUGGUAAGGGUUAUUGAUGAUCUUGUUAUUA